UGUUGCGUCAAUGCAGCUGUGCCAAUGUAACUGAGUGUUCUGCUUUAGACUGGAGUCUUUGCAAAAUAAUUCUCCAUCUGAAUGGUGAGCGUGCUAUGACAACCUCCCUGGUUCUGAAUCCUCGUUGGGCGGACACGGUUAUGUUUGUGUAUGAAAACAACUUAGAUGAGCUGAAGAACAUGGAGAGUCUGGUUGGGAGCGGGAAUUUUGCAGCCAACCAGUGCAGGAAUCUGAUGACUCACUCGGCUUUGAGUGGCCACCCCUCUAGUCUCGUCCAUGGCUCCAGCUUUUCCUCUGUGGACGUACCGACUUCAAGUUCUGCAGAGUCGGGCAAACAAUGCACACCUUGCCCAACGGUUCCCCAGGCCUCGUCGACCGGUCCUAUACCUUACGGCUACUUCGGCAACAGCUAUUAUCCUUGCAGAAUGGGGCGGGGUUCACUUAAGUCUUGCACGCAGCCGAGUGCACUAAGCUACUCUGCAGAGAAAUACAUGGAUACCCCAGUCACAUCUGAAGAAUAUCCUAGCAGGGCUAAAGAGUUCGCCUUUUACCACAGCUACCCCAGUCCCUAUCAGUCCAUGGCCAGUUAUUUGGACGUGUCAGUGGUGCAGACGCUUGGAACCGGGGAGCCGCGACACGACAGCCUCCUGCCCAUGGACAGCUACCAGCCUUGGGCUCUAGCUAACGGAUGGGGUGGUCAGAUGUAUUGCUCCAAGGACCAGACCCAGGCAGGUCACAUCUGGAAGUCAGCACUAGCAGAUGUUGUUGCCCACCAACAUGACGGAGGCUCAUUCCGUCGAGGUCGAAAGAAGCGGAUACCCUACACAAAAGUGCAACUAAAGGAACUGGAGAAAGAAUAUGCAGCCAAUAAAUUCAUCACAAAGGACAAGAGACGAAAGAUUUCAGCGGUAACCAACCUAUCCGAGCGGCAGAUCACUAUUUGGUUUCAAAACAGACGGGUAAAGGAAAAGAAAUUUAUUGCCAAAGUUAAGAACCCCGCGCCAUAAUGCAGGCUUGAGAGCUGAAUCUUUUUUUUCUUAAAAGAUCUUCGCGUGGACUUUUCUUGGCCUGGGCUUGUAUGUUGUUUACAUCGAAAACACAUAAACUGACGGACUUCAUGUGAAUAAACAUAUUCAAAUGAAUAAUCUAAAUAAAAGAGAAUGGACUACGUAACUUGUACAUAUCGCACGUGCCUGCAUAUAUGUAAUUGUGUUCGUUUUAGUCGUGCUUUAGCUUCGAGUUUGCAUUUAAAUAUUAUAUGUCAAUGUUAUAUGUCAAGUAUCCGUAUCGCUCUUUACUCUUGUCAGUACUUGUAUUCUAUGUUUAUAUCGCUUGUAAAACAAUAUAUUAUACAUCUCAACUAUUAAUAAAAGUGUUACUUCCAUUCAGUGUUUUGUAAAUAA